AUGCAGCGCAGGAAAAUACCCUCAGAUAGCCGAGAUGACGUUAACAGGCUGCUAGAGAAGUUUAGGAAAAUAUGUGGCCAGAAAUGUGAAGUUGAGAUUGAUCAUUCUGUUCACUUCCACUUUCAACCAGAAUUCCCAGGAGAAAAAAUUCAUCCGUCGGUAUUUGGAAAAUUGUUGCAACACGAACAACAGACAACUGAGAAACUGAGUAAAACUCCAGAAAAAGUAACAAAGACAUUUUCUGAUCAGUCAACACAGACUAAUUUAGGAGUUUUCCCCAGUACGACAAUGGCUCCAUUUUUCAAUGUUUCAGUACCACCACCCAGUGCUAAUGCAAUUUCUUCACCUUCUACACUGCAGCCAAGUACAGUCAGUCAAGCUUGCAGGAGUUCAGGGAUGCAAAUGCCUUUACCAAUUGAUGAGCUGUACGGUAUAGGAAAUCAGGGAAUUGGUCAAAGCGCUAAUCCAUUUAUGAGUCAACUCAUGAGUCAAGGUAUGAGUGGGCCUAGCUCCCAGCCUUGUGGUAACCUGGGUUUCCCUAUGCGCCCAGGAAGAGUAAGUUCUCCCCCACCUGGGUUCCUUGUCAACUCCCAGCCAUUGCCUGUAAUACCUGAGGUCCCUUUCAAUUCCGAUUUGUUACACAGUGUUCCUCCAGUACCUAUCUGCACUCCACAGACUGCUUACCUGCCGCCUAACCAGUUCUUUACAACCAUGCCAGAAUAUAACACUCAAACGCAUGCAGGGUGCCCUUACAGUGGGUCACAAACUUUAUCUUACAGUACUGAUCAGUUGCAGAUUCCUAGCAGUGUCAGUGGUCAGGAAUCAACGCCCCAAUGUAAAGCUACUGAAACUACCAUUGGAUGUAGAAAAACACCUGGACUUGUAGUAAAUCAUAGUGUAAGUGGUGCAGAGUUUCCUGAGAAAGCCAUUGAAAGACUGAAGCCUAUACUGGAAAAUGAGAUUGAAAAAAGGGAGGAUACAUGUGAUAAUGUUGCAGAUAUCCCUUUACCUGUUGGUCCAAGUUUGCCAAAUAAGAAAGCUGGGCACCAGGAGGAAAAAAAAAACGUUCCCUCCAACGAAAAAAUCAAGGUAAAAGACAUUCCAUUGCCAAAAGAGCCAUGUCUGACUAACUGUAACAAGGAUACCAAUGAAAAUAAUGAGCUAGAAAAGGACAUGACAGAAGAAGUGGAAGAUGAUUGCAGUGAAUUAGGUAGAUCAGGAAAAGUGAACCACAACGCCAAACCAAAGUGCAUUAGAAGUGUAGAUCAUAUGACUCUCGACCUGAAGAAGAUAAAUUCGAAACUUCUUAAAUCCAAGUUCAUUGAAAUAGAAAAGGCCCAAAUGCUGGUAAGUGAGACAAGUGGUUGUGUUUUGGAAGAUUUUGUAAGAGAUGGAAGUUUAAGAAAGGAUGAGGUCGAAUCAGAUGUUAAAAAUGUUGAAAUUAAAUCACAAGCAGAUGUGAAAGAUGCAUCACAAACAACAAAUUGCAUGGACAAAUCUGAGACAGAAAGUGAUCCUCUUUUACAAGUUAAUGAUGAGACUAAAGCAUCCGUUAGUGUUUUUGAGAGAACAAAAGAAACAGUAGAAGACAUAAGGCCUCUAAGAAGACCGAUGAUAAGUUCAAGUGUUCCUGAUGAGAACAAAAUGGUUCAGAAUGCUGAGGAAGACUCGGUCCGAGGUGAUAUAACAGCUGGAAGUGCAAGUGUUGAGCAUAAGUCUGUAGAUAACAUGUACAUCAAACAAGAACCGGCCGACGAGUCAAUUGGAAAAGAUGUAAGUCAAGUAGAAAAUGAUAACAAAGCAGCAUCUCUUGAAUCAAAAAGUAAUGUUGAUAAGAGUAUAAAUACUUCGGUUUCAAAAGUGGACAGUUUCAAUAAUGAUUUAAAUCCAGGUCUUUUGAAAAAAGCUCCAACUCUCAGGGAAGUGGUUAAACAAAUGCAUGGCCCGACAGCAUCUGACAUGAACUUAGAAACUUUGAAAUCUCAGACAAGUUGGUGUAAAGAUUACCUUAAAAAGACAUUAACAUCGGUUGAAAAUGAAAGUUGGGAUUUAGAGAUUGAUUUAGAUAAAGAAAAUGAUGUGAAGAAAGGAAUUGACAGUCAACCAAGGACAAUGACUAAGCACGAUGAUUCACAGGGUCAAGACUUGAAGAAAGUUGUUAAGGCUGAAAAAGAUGAUGCACAAACUGAGGCUGAAGGAAUAUUGGCAGUUAAGAAGAAUUUUGGAAAUGUUCAAAAUGUUGUCAGAAAAUCAGUGCCGACAAGAGUCGACCACAGUCAAAGUGCUCUUAAUACUCUAUCUUGUAUAACCUCGACAGAAAGUUGGGAUGCUGUUUUGGACGAUGAAGAGAAUUUGGUGAAAAAGAAAGAUUUGAGUAAAACCAAUUCAAUUGUGAAUGAUUUUACAACAAAAUCAGUAUCACAAGAUGCUAUGAAAGUCGAGACAAGACCUUAUGGCACUCAGCAAAGAGAAGCUGAUUCAUCAGAUAAAAUCAAGAAUAUAGAAGUUAUUGUAACAACGAAGAAACCCAGCCAACCUGAGCCAGGCAGAGGAGUGUACAGCUGUUUGAAGAGUGUUUUGGACUGCAACCAGGAGAAGGUUGGAACUGGGUCAAGCCUGAGACUGGGACCACUACAGGCCCACUGGAACAAGAUCUCAAUGUCACAUUCUAAAAAGUGCAAGGUGCGUGGAAAGUACCUGUUACAGUGUUCAGCGGACCUCCACUUUCCUAUUGGUGUAAGCUCCAACAGUGCAGGGGAGGUUAUUAUUGCUGACACUGGAAACCACUGCAUCAAGAGUUUCUCCCCUUCUGGUGAACUCCUCAAUGUAUUUGGAAAAGAAGUGUUUCCGGCUAUGAUGCGACCUUCUGCCAUUGUUGUAAAUGACCAGGAUGACAUCUUUGUGAAGGACGAUAUCUGUAUACGAGUUUUUGACAAAGACGGAACCUUCCAGAGAAACAUUGCUGAAAAGACAUUCAAGAAACCAUUUGGUCUUGUGCUGGCCCCCAAUGGUCGACUAGUUGUCUUGGAGACCGUGCUCUCCUCCCCGUGUCUUGUCCAUGUGUCCCAGGACGGCAAGAACACAUGGAGGUUUCAGUUCUCUCCCCUCAUUCAUCCUGUCGUUGACCUACGCUCUAGCAAGUGUCGAUUCUUGGGCAUCUCAGAAAAUCAUGUGAUUGUCAGUGACCUCGGUGCGAGCGUGCUGUACAUGACGACCCUGGAGGGAGUGUUAACAAGGACACUUGGAGGUUACGGUACCGGCCCCACGCAGUUGUUCGAGCCAUCUGGGAUCUCUGUGGACAACUACGGUAACUUCCUGGUCGGCGAUAGCAAGAACAACAGGAUUCAGAUGUACCGGCAUGACGGGACCCACAUGGGUGUUCUGGAGUUGGACAAGUUUGUGCGCCGACCCUCGGGCAUCCACUUGACAUCAGACCAUCGCCUGCUGGUGGUCAACUUCCUGAACCACAGCAUUAUGGUCUUCCAGCUGGAGUCCUCAUAGGCAGCAAAUCGAGAACAUUCUAAUCUUAAACAGCCUUUGAAAAACUACCUUAUAUAUCCUAAAGAUUAAAGUGUAUAUGAGUUUUUGAUGUCUAAAAUGGUGCAGUUUUUCUCCCUGGCAGCUCUAUGAUAAUUGCUAAAUUCCAAUUUAAA